AUGGCCCUGAGGCUGGGCGUAAAAGGGGCUAUCGACCUAGAGGCUCUAUCGCCUAGGGACGCGAACGCCCAGAGGAUGCCGAACAAGGUGGCGGAUAUCAAGGUCAAGGCGGCUCAGUUCAAGGCGGCUAAGGAAAAGGAGCACCCUCCUCCACCUCCUUCCCAAGUUGCUGAGCCUGCUUCUGCAAGCAACCCCAAGGGCUCGAUAUACCAGGUUGGAAAACUUCUUGGCAAGGGCGGAUUUGCCAUUUGCUACCAUGGUCAGCUUGAGGGCACCAAGCAGAGGUAUGCCCUCAAGAUUGUGAAGAGCAAGAUGCCUCCCAAGAUGGAGCAAAAGUUUCAAACCGAGCUUCAAAUCCACUCCAAGAUGAAGCAUAAGAAUAUUGUCCAGUUCCUCCGCGCCUUUACUUUCGAACAAUCCACAUACCUCGUCCUCGAGCUCUGCCCCAACGGCUCGCUGAUGGAUCUCGUGAAGAGGCGGAAAGGCCUGACUGAACCCGAGGUCCGAUUUUACGCCGUGCAAGUCGCCGGCGCCAUCAAGUACAUGCACGGCAAGGGCAUCAUUCACCGCGACUUGAAGAUGGGCAACAUCUUCUUGGACUCUCGCAUGAACGCAAAGGUGGGCGAUUUCGGUCUCGCCGCCUUGGUGGUGACGGGUCGUGAUAUGCAGACGAUUCGCCGCACCACCCUGUGUGGAACGCCCAACUAUAUUGCCCCCGAGAUUCUGGAGAAGGGGAAAAAGGGCCACGACCACUCGGUUUGCUAUGCUUACGUCCAGACCCCCUUCCAAUCAUCGACCACAGACGAGAUUUAUCGUCGUGCCCGCGAGAGGGAUUACGACUGGCCUGACCCGGAAACCACCCAAAAGUUCAUUAGCGGCGAGGCCAAGGACUUGGUGGCUAGUAUGCUCGAGAGUCCCGAGUCUCGACCCGAUCCCGAUUCCAUCGUCCAGCACCCCUGGUUCCGCGUCGGCUAUAUGCCCAUCCCCGCCGACAUGACACCCAAGCUCCGCGAGCUUCCGCCUGAGCGAUCUGAGUUCUACCUUGAGGAACUGACGGAAAAGCAAUACGCCGAAUCUCUCGAGAAUCUCAAGAACCUGUCGACCGAGUGCAUGGUGGGGCCCUAUGCACCCUCCCAGAUCGUCCACUCGCAAGUUUGGAAAGAAAUGGCGGCGGAGGAGAAGGCUUGCCUAACCCCCAUGAUCCCCUCGCCGAGGACGUCGUCCGCCUCCUCCACGUCGUCCGCUCCUCGACGCAAACUAAUUGCCGAAAAUGCGCAGCAGCUUCUACAAACUGCUCAGGAGGCGAUUCCCAGUCUGCGCUCACUCCCUCGAAGGGAACGCCAGCAGACCGCCGACCCCCUUGCCUUGCCUUCGCGCAGCCAGACCUUGCGGAAGACAGAAUCCGACCCUAUCACAAGAACUGGCGGAGCCGGCCAUUCCCGCACCGAUUCUUCUGCGUCCGGAAGUCGGCAGGGCGGGACCCGUGAGGCUAACUCUGCGCCCGCUACGGUCCGGUUACACCCCACUCCCGUCGUCAAGUCGUCCCUCUUUAGUUCCCGAGAGCGAACGCUCAAUGUUGAAGGCACCCAGCCCGAUGUGAUCCUGGGCCGUCUACAGCGCCUGCAGGCGGAGCUAGAGCGUGCCCUGAAUGCACGCACCAUGGCCAUUAUAACUUCCAAGACGGUGGCGCCCCUCACCCUCAGGUGGUGCAUCGGCUGCGUGCUCCGUGAGAUUGCGACACCCGAGGGAAGCAAAGCUGUUCUCCUCCCGCCUGCAUGCAUGCUCAUCCAGGAUUCGGAAAGGCAUGUGCAGCUCCGCCAGGACGAACGAUAUGCGGACAGACACCAGCCGCUUGCCAUGUCGCCCGAGCAGUUCCGCGUCGCGGUCGGCGAAGACGGCGUACCUGCGAAGCUUGGGCCCGGCUCAGACGCAUACCAGUACAGGAAACGAGAGAGAAUCAUCCUCUGGAAGAAGUUUGCUAACUACAUGAUUGCUUACGGGAGGGAUGAUGGCGUUGCCAGCGAUGAAUCUCCAGCCAGCGCGCCGCCUGCUGGCCAAGAGCAGGUGGACCCAGCCCAAGUUGUCAUUUUCUACCAGAGAUUCGGCGACGUUGGCUGCUGGGUCUUUGCGAUGGUCACCUCCACUCGCAGCUACCGGCACGCUGACGCCCAGUGCGCUCGACGAGCGGGGGUGCUUUCAUACCCGCUACAGACACUGCUCAACUUCCAGACGAAGCCCACAGCAGCGCGUUCGACGCGGUCCGCCACCACUUCGACCAGACGGCGCCCGGAGAUUGCCCCCGAGCUUCAAGGCAUCCCCGCGGCCAAUGACUUCCGGCGCAAGGUGGACUUCAUUAAACGCGUAGUCAAAGAGUGGGUUGGCAACGGUGGGCUGGGCAACAGUUCCAUGAGUCGCGAGGGCAGGCUUCGGUGGACGGGUUAUCGCGAGACGGUCAACGUUCCCAUCCCGCAAAAGCACGUGUGGGUCACGGAGGAAGAAGGCGUCCUCGAGGGGGACGGCAGUGACGGGGUGUAA